CCCUGUUGCUGUCGAGUGAGGUUAGGGUGUCUUUUUAAUUACUGUAUUUUAUCAAUAUCCACUCACUCACAGUGUCUUGUGGUGAGCUAUGAACUUGUCAGACCAGCAUGGGUAGCAGUUGUCUAAAGAAAGCCCAACAUGCGCAGUGGAAGCAAGUCCAAAAAAUCCCAUGCACGGAAUAAAUUGAAUCAACAGAAUAGUGGCACUGCCACUUCUUCACUUAUUUCUGGCACUGCUACUCCUGGCAGUUCAUCAACUGGCUCGUCUUGUACAGGAACGCUCUCAGUUACGAGUCAAACAAAAGGUGGUAGUGUUGCAACAGUAUCAACCUCCACAGUUACAACUGCCACUAGUGUCCCUGCUCCUGGUGCUAGUAACUCUGAUAAGAGCACCACCAACAACUGCAGUGAUGACAGCUCUGCAACGUGGCAAGUAAAUGGCAGCUGUAAGGGAAUGUCUAGCAACAAUGGCAACAACAGCUAUGGCAAAGAGGACAAACCUGGCAAUCAUGGUGCCUGCAAGUUGCCAAAGAAGAGGAAGUUUGAUCCUGCUGAGCUGGAGGGCAUGCAAAAUGAAGAUAAACCCACCAAUAAAAUAUUAGUUGUCUCUGCUAGCCAGGUCCCUGAUGGCUCAGGUCUCAUCCUGUGUGAUGGUAUUAGCAGUCAUGGCAGUGUUACUCCCAUCACUUCAUCCUUCUCUGCACCAUCCAGAAACCCAAUGGUGGUGCGCAGCAGUAGCAGCGGAGUAGAGGAUCUUACCAUCAAGGCUCCAACAUCGGCCAGCAUCUGCUUUAUGCAGAAUGCUAAAAUCAUUGCUAGUAAUGGAUCAGAUUCCCAUGUUUCUCUCCCUGUUGAUAUGCGAAAUAGUCAAUCUGCUGCACAGACUAGUAUUUACUCACGAAGUCAACCUAUUGCUUCAUAUGUACAAACCCAACCUCUUUCUCUUGUAUCUGUCAACAAACAGCCAUCUGCUGCUCUUUCUAUUCAGUCAAGCAUUGCCACUAGCAAUGGCUCAUAUGUGAGUCGCCCUCGAACUAUCAGUGCCAUUGAAAAUGCAACCCCAUGCCGAGCUGUGACCCUGGUACAAACUGGUGACACCAAGACUGUACAUUUCAUCAACCAGCCACCUGCUAGCCAGCAUUUGGAAAGUGAGCGCAUAACUCACAUGCAUCAACCUAUAGUUAUCAAAGACAAUUCGGUUCAAGUGAGUUUACAGCAAGGAACUAUUCCAAGCAAACAGAUGAUCAUUACACAAUCAGGUUCCAAUGUAAUACAUUCUUACGUUCAAAAGCCAGUGCAUUCCACUCAAGUUUCUUCCAUUCCAAGUUCAUCUCCUGGUGAAGGCACUACAAUGAGUUAUCACCUACAGCGGCAAUCGUCUGGCACGCUUCUCGGUCCUACCGUCACUCUUGCAGAUGCUCAUUCCCCUGGAGGGUUAGAAACUGGCACAAUAUACCAGGUGCAUCCCACUCAAGCCAGCCAGCUUGGCUCCCAACACAUCAUUGUGGCCAAUAGAGCUCCAGCUCAGAUGCAAGCUAACUCGCAGCUCAGGAGCGACAGAAGCAGUCAGGCGACAUCUCCUCCCUUGCAGCUUACACUGCAGCAUCAGAGCAAGGAUCAGAUGAAGAGUGUUCAAUUACAACACUUUGUUCAGCAACACCCUGUACAAUUAAAUCAACAGCCACAUCUGCCUCAAAAUAUUCACCAACAUUUAGCUUCUGCUCAGCAAUCCAUUGCUCGGCCAAUUCCUGUCCAGCCUGUUCAAGUUCAAGCCAACAUUCUGGCUCACCCCACCUCUAGAGCACAAGGCCAGAUUGUGAGGGUGCCGCAGCAAACUUCACAACUCCUGCAGCAGCAGCAAAUCAUAGCAGUCUCGAGGGGGAUGGUGAUAGCAUCAAAUGCUGGAGUGACUGCUUCUCUUUGCACCGACUCAAACGUUCAAAAUAAUUUUAUUGGGACUGGCACCAACAAAAGGCAGUAUUCAAGUACGGGUCUGUACAAAACGACAUCAUCAGAAAUGACUCCUAUACGUUCUAAUUCAAGCCUGAGGAAUAAAAUAACAGGUACUCCUGAGAUUGCGUAUAGCUCAGCCACUGGGCGAACCCCUGUCAAUUUAAGUGACUGGGUUGGCCACAGGAUUUUGGCCAAGAGUGGAGGACACUUUUACCCGGCAGUGAUCACGGCCAUUCAGAGUGUGUGCGAUAUUGUUGUGCGGCUGGACCACAGCCCUGGCAAGGAGCUGGUCUACACCAACGUGUUCAGCAGUGCAAAAUGUGACGUGGUGAGUGACUCGGUGCCUAGUGUGCAGCAGCUGCUGGAGGGCAUGCGGGUGGUUGCACGUCUUGACAAAGAUCAACAAAUCUUUGUUGAGGGGGAAAUUAUUGAGAGGAAACAUUCAGGGGGAAGCAUUUUAUACCAGGUGAGGAUUGCCACUUCCCAUGAUGGAGGCAGUGAACAGGAACUGCAGCUCAUGAGACCACACCUGCGUCUUCUCCAGCCACCAUGGUGGGAGGACUUGGAGUCUCUCAAUUCCCACAUCCCAAGCCCUUUAACUCCUCUCACCCCUCGGCCGCAUUCGUCCAGCGCAUAUCCUCAUCCCAAUGGUGCACAUAACAAGCAGUCUCUUGCUGCUCAGUAUGGCGACCAGCAGCAGCAGCACUCAGCUGACACAGGCUUUGUGAGCUCAAGCAAUAACUCACCAUGUGACCGCACGAGCCUGACACAGCACCACAGCAGUGGCAGCAGUAGUGCUCAUCUCAGCAACACCCAGCACCACAGCAGCAGCAGUGCCCACCUCAGCAACACGGCGACGCCGUCCGCAGCUGACCUUGCCCUCGCCUCUUCAGUCCGACGCCCGCCUGACGAAUAUGAAAGUGAUGACGAACUCAAGCGGGAAGACAUUUCUUUCCCAUCAGAUUCUGAUCAACACCACUUCGGCAACCUACACCGGUCGCUGUCACUGACCCCUGGGGCACUUGGAGGGGCUGGUGGGGGAGGGGCGCGCUACCUGGAAAGCAGCAGUGGGAGCAAGAGUGGCGUGUGUCGCAACUCCAUGCACAGUCGGGGCUCGACUUCCAGCCUCAUCGAGCACGGCAGCAGCGGCAUCGCUACUCCCAGGCUCACCCCUGUCACUCCCAGGUCUGGGACAGGCACCCCGUUGUAUCGCAAGGGCGAAGUGGUUAUCACCCCCAACGGCGUGCGCAAGAAGUUUAACGGCAAGCAGUGGCGGCGCUUGUGUGGCAAGGAGAGCUGCAACAAGGAGAGCCAACGCCAGGGCUACUGCUCCCGCCACCUCGCCAUGUAUGGCAAGCAGACGCGCUCUUCGGCGUCCUUUGCUGGGAAAGAUACUCCGAGUUCUGAUGCCAACUGGGACGCCUCCAGAGACUCCUGUGAUACGUCUCCGCAUUUCUCCGCUACCGCCCUGCGCUCUCAGGAUGAGACUGAAGCUGCUAAUAUGCUCAUGUCCCUCGGUCACUCAUCCUCCCGGUCCACCACCCCCGCAGGAGGGUGCUUCUCCCCGAACACGGUCUCGCCACGUCCAGGCGUUUCCACUCUCCAGUCGCCCAUCACUGUGGGCCAAAAGGCAAACUUUUUCACUCCCAUAAACCACCCCGGCACUGCGGGCGCUGUUGGCGGCGGCUCUCUGCAUGCUGGUAUCCAAGGGGCCAGUGUUAAGUCGCCCGUUGGGCGGCUUUGGCUCACCCAGGAGGCUGAGGCUCCCGGAGUGUCGGGCUCCUCUGUGGUUGUAGGCAGUCUUCAGCACACUGCUGGGACUGUGCGCCACUCCACUCCCGUCACUCUUCAUAAUAAACAAACUAUUUACCGGCCGGAGCUGCUGCGACCGAUAGCGGUGGACAAACUGCCUUCUCCCGUGACCUCGGCCAAUGGUAGCUCCUCUGGCCACACUGUCAUCCAUUCAUCGUACUCCCACUCGCCUGCCAGUCAACAAGCUCUUCAUCAACAGGCACAUUUGACACAAAAACAACAACAACAGAUACAGCUUCAACAUCAGGAGCUUGUGCCAGUGCAGAAUUUACCUAGCAACCAUUCUAGCCACACAACUCAUCCAACCAUAUCCCUGAGUCAUACAAGCCAGACCUUAGCAUUCAAUGCAAGUGAGAACUCGACGGUCGAGCCUAGACUCCUUCAAAAAGCACUGAGGAAUUCGGAAGAAGAGGAAAAUUGUGUCAACACGUCUUCAGAUACCCAGCAGCCGCAAGAUCUCUCGGGGUUCCGUGCCUUUAGUCAGUCUGGCAGCUUCUCAACUGUUGCUAUUGCAGGCGGGCAGGAAGGCCUGAUGCUGCGAGCCAAUGCCGUGCCCACGAGGGACCGCACGGCUGCCUUCAGCGUCGUACAGCAGCCUAGCGGCGUUGCCAAUAACUGUUCCAUAUACACCACUGUCCCUGUGUCAGAGAACAUGGAAGUCAGGGCUCCUAAAGAAGAGUUUGGCUUGAUUGGAACUCCCACUCCCAUCACAAAUGGAGACGAUAACAUGCGGGUGUCAUCUGACAACCGUGCUUUUGCUCCGAUUUAUUCUAAAUUUCAUGACAUAAGUCAGGACAACGAUGUAGAUUUAUCUAAAGCAGAGGAGGUGAAGGUGGAGCAGGAUGGUCCCAAGUGGGCAGAGAGCAAGUCAGCCCUGGAGGUGGGGGAUGAACGACCAGUUUAUCAAUGGAACCAGCUGGUGCCUCUUAUCACCUCGCACGUGUCCGCUAACCACAUCGUUCCUAAGUCAGAAAUUGAGGACUCCCCUUCUCACAUUAACGGAGAAACACCAAUCCUAAACGGCAGCGUCGUGAAGCAAAAUGACUUUAGUGACGGCGGAGGCAAUACUAUUUUGGCUCUCAAUUCAUUAGGAGUUAUGAAUGCGAAUACUGAUGCAGCUACACCGGGUGGCGUGUAUGCAGAAGGCGUGUCGCCUUCAAGGGAAGGCGUUGACGUCGGGGCCGAUGCCGACGAUGAUGUCUUCUUGACAGACUCUGACUCUGCGUCUGUUGGUUCUGAAGGACAAAAGCGCCGCUCACAGUCACUCAGUGGCGUCUUUCCAAAGGAGGAACCAAAAAGUCCGAGGAAGGGCAAAGUCGUCGACCACAUCCGUCGUCCCAUGAACGCAUUCAUGAUCUUCAGUAAACGCCACCGGCCGCUGGUGCAUCACCGAUACCCUAACCAAGACAAUCGCACCGUGAGCAAAAUUCUUGGCGAGUGGUGGUACGAUCUCAAGCCAGAAGAAAAGCAGAAGUACCAAAGUCUCGCUACGGAGAUUAAGGAGCAUCACUACAAAGCGCAUCCCGACUGGAAAUGGUGCAGCAAAGACCGUCGCAAGUCUUCAACGAGCUCUCUCAAGGGUGACCCAUCAGGCAUGCCCCUCACUCCCGGGGGGCCCAACAGUGAUGGGCUGCCCAGUCUUCCCCCCACUCCUGGCGGGCCCAACUCUGCCCCCACGGUGUCCACUCCCUCCGACUGCACCCCCGCCACUUCUGCUGCUCUGGGCAUGGAUGGGUCCCUCAGCAUCACUUCAUCUGCUCUACAGAAGAUCACGCCUCAGUACGGAAGCUGCAGGCGUGGCUCUGAAAUAUCUGAUGACGACUCCUCCAUGGUCAUUUGUGAAGAAGCGUCGGCUCUUCAGUCAAAACCUGCCGCAGCUGACAGUGAUGUGGACCUCGCCUGCGGUGAGCGCGUAGACACGGACUCGGAAACGCAGAGUGACACGGAGGUGAGCGAACGACUGCGCUGUCCUCCCUCAUCAGCUGCUUCAGGCGAGACGCUCACUCACUAUUACACGACUCCAAAGACUGCGUCCGAGGAAACAAUAUCACAAUAUUACUCCAUACCAAACUCUGCACCAAACUCAACUUCCCUCACAUUUAAGCACCAGUUGAUCGCGUCCCAGGAUGCAAGGGAGGCACAAACUUCAUUCCUGAAUAAAACGAGCUUGGCGACCUCGUUGCCCACUUCAGUGCAAAUCAACACCAACACGGGAUCUGUACCCCAGCAGAGUUACUUCGGUAGCGCUACUGUUACCACCACCGCUGCAGGAUAUACCGCUUCAGUUGGUCAACAAGUGGCGGCCGUUCCUGCCCCGGCAACUGCCACUGCAGACAUCACCUACAAACCUAAGCCAAUUAAAGGCCGAACGUCGGCUGAGGACGUAGUUACGCUGUACGGCAUGAGUGGGUCUAUCCAGCUGGGGGCUGAACAGCUGAGAGGGCAGCAGCCUCCUGCAGGGGCAGGAUCUCAGCCCUCCACCCCUUCAUGCCCUCAAAACUCCACACUCAUUGGCGGAGUCCUGCAGCAGCGGCCUCCCACUCCCUCCCACUCGCUUCAGUCCACUAUCAGCGCCUUCAGAACGAUGCCGGCGUCGCCCAAGUCCCGCCUGGAUGAGGGCGUUGGUGGGGGCGUAAAGCAAGGCGGCGUUGUGCAUCACAAGCUCCUGAGUUCGCCCGGCAGCGUCACGAGCAGCCACUUCAAGCCGUUCACUGCCGUCCUGCCCGAGCAGCUGGGCACUCCUGGAGGCACCCUCGUGGUGGGAAGUGGUGCGCAGGUUUCUACGGCCCUCGUGGAGUCUGCUAAAGGCACCGUGACGGUGAUGGCUUCUUCUGCCACUACGGCUACUACCUUCCUCAUGUCGCCAGCACAGCACGUUUCUGUCCUAAGUCCUGGUAACCCUGGCGGCGCAACAAACGUCGUCCUCAAGAGUGCAGGUGGUGCCAGUGCCAAAGUAUCAGGUGCCACGCAGGUCCAGUACCUGGUGCCAUCUGUGACGCUAGACGGCAAGCUUGUGCUUCAGACGGCAGCCAUGGGUGCUGGAGGAGGGGGACAGCAAGUUCGCGUGCUCACUUCAUCAGGUGUUGACUUGCCGGCCACUGCAGGGGUCAUCAAAAUCAACAGCAAGCAGCACCCGGCCAGCCUCGUGGUGCUCUCAGGGACUCCUCUGACCCACCAGCAGCAACACCUCCGUGGCUUGCCUGCUCCUGCGGUGUCACAGAACCAGCAGCAUCUCGUGCACCACGUCGUGCAGGCGCAGAACAACGCUGCUGCUGCGCGUCUUAAGCCACUGGAUGCCAGCACCUUAACUCCGACGUCCGUGGCGGUGUCAAGCGGCGGACAAGUGGUCAAAACUUCCCAAGCUCAAUAUUUCCACACUCAAGUUGUCUCACAACAACAGGCAAUGCAUCUUCACAAUCUCUCCGCUCAGAUGUCGAAGGGAGUACGUCAUCAAAUUGUGCACACUGUACAGCCGCCCAAGCCUCUGGUCCAGCAAUACCAAGCGGACACGAAGAAGCAGGUGCCCACGUCUGUGCCGGUCGCUCUUGCUCAACAUGUGCAGAGAGGUGCAGGAGCGACGCGUCUGCCAGUUUCUGUUGGCUCGACCAUGGAAUUAUCCUCUGAUGCUGAUGGCACGCAAGACUUGCCGCCUGAUGGGCCUGAUGAUGGCCCUGUCGACGAAAAACCCAAGUUUAUUCUGGCCCCAACUCCAGCUCAGCUUGGCAAAGCGCCCCGACAGAAGCGCAAUUCGUCUACCGAUGAUGAAGAGCACAGCCCCACCUUCACCUCUCAUCACCAUCAUCAUCAUCAUCCUGAUCAUCAUGAAGAAGACCGGGAGCUGAGCCAUGAAGUGCCAGCCAAUCAGCUAUCACAAUGCACGGCGACUGAGGACGACCAGCAGCACCACGAGCAGCAGCAGGACGAGGGCGACGCGGCGCAGCCUUCUGCUGUGCCACCUUCACCAGGCGGCAAGAAGAGUUUCUUCAAGAAGAACAUAGAAGAUGGCAUGGAUAAGGUUCUUGAAGAGAUGAACUUCAACGAGAAGUUUACGAAGCUUCCAGAGUACAACCCCGAGAUGCUGGGAGGCCCUGGCAACACGCCCAUGACGCCGCUGCCCUCGUCGCCUAAAUGCACCUUCAGGAACAGGAGCAGACUUAACGGAGGUGAUGGAGGUGACGAAGUGACGACAGGGUCGCAGCCUCCUUUGUCGUCAUCCCUGCAGGGCUCCAAGUUCUUCCCUCCCGACUUCAACCCUGAAUCUUUCAAAGGUGACGGCGGAGGUGCGGACUCAACUCAAUCCGGCGCCAGCGUCUCGGCAAUUUUAGGCAGCGCUGGUGGGGUUGGGGACGACUCGCCCCUGGUCUGCACCAGGUCACCCCGGACACCCAAGACCCCAGGGCACGCGUCCGAGAAGACCGUGGCCGCGGCGAGCGGAGGGGGUGGAGGGCACUCCAGCCUCAGGCAUAUCCUCGACCAGCGGCGUGCCCUUGUGAUGCAGCUCUUCAGUGAACAUGGAUGGUUCCCUAACAACCAUGUGGUGGCGGAGUUCCAAAGCAAGUACGCGGAGCUCUUCCCAACCAAGAACUGUUUGAAGCUCAAGAUACGCGAGGUGCGCCAGAAGAUGCGCCAAAACACACCCGGUGUGCCUAACACCCCUGGUCCUCUAUCAGCGGCCAGCACUCCUGGCCCUAAUAGUCCUAACGCCCACAACUCCCUGCAUAACAACUCCCACUCAAAUGGUGCUAAUCACCACUCCAACACGAUAAUUUUUUCCAACGCCAAUAGUAAUAACAACAGUUGCAGUAACUCCCUGCACUCUAACGUAAACAGUUCCGUCAAUGUUACGUCUACUACAGCUACUUCGCAGCAGCAGCUGUUGCACCUUACCGGCCCUGCUACGGUUACAGUUUCUUCCAGCGGCUACCACGCUCUUUACAAUACUAAUAACAAUAAUAAUAUACAAAACACUGUUCAGACCAGUGUGCCGAGUAAUGUUCAACUUCAACACAUUAAUAGUAGUGGUGUGCAAAUACUUCAAACACCACAACAACAGCAUCAACAGCAACAACAACAACUGCAUCAACAGCAACAACAGCAGCAGCAUCAGCAGCAACAACAAGCAACAACAUCCGUAGCUUCGACCUUGCAUUGUAAUCAGCCUAAAAAUGUUUGUUACUGAACCCUGAUCUCCGUCUAAAGUUCGGGUCAUGGUUCGAACAACUUGGUUGUGUCUCUCUAAACACUUGAGCGCUCAAACACUUGCUAAGCGACUGCGAGACGUGCGCUCGCAAUUAUAAACGCGUUGCCGUUGACAGGAGGAGAUCUGUGUUUCCAGGAGAAGCUUAAAUGCUUCUUACUGAAUAAUUAAUUGCCGGUCCCGAGCCUUGGCUUGGAUUCGGCGUUCCAUUGUGCAAUGUCGGUAUGUACCUACGGUAUGUUUUAUCCUUAAUUGGCAUUGUUAAGUGGUGCUCAGUCGUAGUUUUUUAUAGCCAAGAUCUCGUGCUAACAGAGGCCUCUACUAUUAGUAAAACAUAGUAGUACCUCCCCAGAUUGUAUGUAUGUACUUCAAUGUGACAUUUUAAAAUGUGCAAUUGUAUUUCUGGAGACGAGGAAAAUAUCGGAAGUGUGUGGUGUUCGUUCUAAAUUGUGGUACGGCGUCGGCGUCUCUUUCGUAGGAAUGACUUGGCCUUCUUUUAGAUAGAUAUUACUUCAAUUUCAGGAAAUGAAGCCUGUAAAAUGUUAGGAACGAUUUUUAGAUAACUUGCACGCAUAACCCAAACUAAAUGCGGUACAUCUCCAGCGUCGGACUUGGUCAAGCAUUUCUUUACCUGAUAUCGGAAGUUCCAUUUAAUUCUUCGGAUAAUUCUUACUAUGCGCCGAUUAGCCUCAAGAUUCUAGGUUGCCAGCCACAACAUCGUCCGAGAGCAAUUCAGACCCACGCUCUCCAUCAAUUUACAGUCUUAAGUUUACAGUUAAUGUGAAACUUAAGCUUAGUCCACACGGAGCACAAUCAUUUCCCACGUAGCUAGCACAAUCAUUUCCCCACCGUAUCGUCAAGCAAGGGUUUCAGUCAUGAGUAUUGUCAUUUUUUCGUAUACUGCACCUUUUUUGUAGUACAAACGUAGCCUUAGAAGAGCCAAGUAAUGCAGAGCGUCGCGCUUCCUUCUCUCUCCAACACGAUUCGUUUGAAUUAGUGAGCAUAUUUGUAAGGAAAACUUCUAACAAGACGCCCUUCUUAUAUUUCCUGAUAACUGCUCUGUUUCUGAAAAAUUUGCCGUUACUCGCUGCGAACAUUAAGGCAAGGUUCAAGCAAUAGCAACUUAACAAAUAUUUUCGUCAUAGCUCAACGUUGCAAUCGACUCCUUCCACUUUCAUGCGUGUUUCCGCGUCCGUGAUGCGAAUAGUGCUCCUCACUGUUGUAUUUUAUCUCGUUCAGAUGUCAAUUGUUUUUUUUUACUGGAGUGCAUUGUUCGAUUAAAGGCUUGAAUUUGACUUAGCGUAUAAUUCUAUGAUUUUUUACGGCGUUAGUGACGACGGUAUUUCCGACCAAAGCCUUACUGGGGAAAGUGAUACUGCAGAAGUGUUACUGUAUACUUUGUACAGGAUAUGUGCGUUUUGAGAAAAUUUCGAAUUUUUAAAGAUAUUGUACGGGCAAAUUUUACCUCGAAUUUAUUGUAACUAAACUUGAACUUUGCGUUCUUCAAUAUUGUCUUAAGAGCUUCUAAUCAGCCAGCUGUAGUAUUGGUAUCUGACGCCGUUUAUUUAAUUGUUCUGCAAACAUAUUCUCGCUGCCUCGGAGUCGAUUGACAACGAUGCGAAAGUAGAAGAAAAUUCUAAUGAUAGAGCUUGUCUUGUACGCUAUUAUGUCAUUUGCAAGUGAAUGUCUAUUAGGAUGACAUGUUCACGACGCUCGGCAUGUUUGAAUCCAGUUAUGAACUGACAAUUAUCGGCUCAGGAUAAAUACUGUUGACAUGAUAUUAUGUUGUGACGUGGAGGCGGUAUUAGGGCGCGUGUAGGCCGUAACGUGAAGGUCUUUGGACGACGCUGUCUAAUCCUGUGUAAAUACGAACCCUCGUUGAGAAAGAAAGUGCUAUUUUAUUAUGCCAGCCUCGUUCAAAUCUUUAUAUUUAUAUAUUAGAACAAAAAAUAAUUUUUCGCUACUUUUAAAUUUAUGACAAUUAUCGAAAGAAGUAAACUAAAAAGGAGAUUUGUGAAAAAUGAAAGUAUAUUUUCACGAGGUUUCUAAAACCUGGUUUCUUGGCACAAACUCUAAACAUUACAUCAGCCAUGACGAUGCCUUCUCAUGCCUCACGUUGGAUCUUUCUAUUCGUGUAACUCGCUGUAUGAAAACAGCACCUCUCAUUGACAAGAGGUCGACAGGUUGAAGUAUAGAUUACGGCUUCUUUAAUCUUAGAGGCGCUCUUGAAUAAGCUUUGCCUGAAAUGAUAUGUCGGCGUACAUGCACGUCAAGGUUUCUUGACACCGCUUGGACAAGUAGUGUCGUCUGCUCCUUGCCGUUGCUGUUGUGCGAUGACAAGUUAUGUCUGAUCGUUGUAGACAUAUGCCUCCUCUUGAUCAUUAUCCCAUGAGACUUGGCUUUCUCUUGAGUGGAUGCUUCUUGUGUUCAGUACAACCAUUCUAUCUUCGGUGGCUUUAGAAUUUCUCUCGAAGAGUUUGGUUGCAGAAAAAUCAUUGUUUCUGAAGAUGUGAACUCAAGAACGCUCAUAUGUUCUACGGGCGGUUUAUAAGUUUAUCAACAGAUUAUUUUAUUGUGAAUGCUAAGUUUGAUAUCUAUCAAUAAUAUGCGAGUUUUUCUGGUGCUAAAUUGUCUUCGAAAAUUCAUGAUCUGGAUUGGAUCCCCUAGUUGAUGGAUGUACAUGUACCCUGCCAUACCCGCAGUGCCGUCGUGCAAUAGUUAUAUAGUAAUAAUUUUAGCCAUAAAAUGCAUGUUCUUUGUACACAACGGAAGCAUGUUGCAACAUGCAACAUGCCAGCACCAUCCAUUUCAUUCUCUUUGCAACGCGUUUAUAGGAUACGCUCUUGCAUCAGUCGUUCAUUUCUGUUCAGUACUUCGUUUAAAUCCCAGCAAGCAUGUUUCAUUGUCACAAUUCUCGAUGCAAAUUACUGUUUGGUUCCAAGCUGGUGCCCUUCAGGCGGACUGAACUGCAGUCCUCGCGCCCAAUGCUUGCGUAAUUUUUAUUAUAAGUACUCAUGUUUCCAUGAACAUCUGACGCGUUCCUGACUCAACCUUUGCCAGGUUCUGGCGACGGCUGUCUUCCUUAAAACAGAAAGUUUGACGAUUUCAAGACAAAUGUUGUACAAUUAACUCGACUUUAUUCCCCACAAUUUCCGUUGUUGUUUACGAACCUAUUCUUUUACUCGUGAUUUUGCUUUUCAGCCAAUUUUGCUCCAUUCAUGCAUGAUUUAUGCUUUAAUUAAAUGAUUUAAAAUUUUAAAAUUGAAGUAACUAGAAUUUGCUAGGAUGUCGAGGACAUAGAAAUAGUGUGGUUAGUCCUGAGCAUUAUUCCUUGACAAUGCUUGCGCUGGUGCUCGACUGCUGCCCUAUGUCAGGGCCUGCCACUCUAUUGUAACGAUCUGUUCUUCUAGUUAACGAUGCCUUGUUGUUGUUACGUUCAUCGUUCUGUAUAUAUACCAUUAUCUCUUGACUCUUGUUUGUUCUUAGUCCAGUUAUAUGUCUUGUUUUUGAUCAGCUCUCUUUCAGUGCUUAGGAUUGUUCGGCUUUUGUGUCCUGGGCAUGCCGAUCUGUUUUAUUGUUACUACAAAUCAUAUUAUCUUAGUAUUUGCAUCAUAGUCUCACCAUCCCACUUUCUAUUUUUGACUACUAUCCAUGUCAACCAUUCUUUAGCAUCUUAAAGCCUUGAUUUGAAUACUUCUCUACGUUAAAUAAUACCUGAAAGGAAUAAGAAUUGCAGUUUUUAAGGUAUUAAAUUUACCCACCAAAAAGCUUGUAGUCUCUGAUAUAAUCUGAUCUAGGCGUUCAUCGAUUUUAUUUGAAUUAUGAUGUGCCCGGAAGUUUUGGCUUGUGUUAACACAAGCAUUUUCUUAUUACUAAAUAUCAUCCCGAUCGUUGUUUCAAGUAUGCACAGCAACCGUCCUUUUAUCCCCUCGUACCCCUGUACAAAUUUGAACGAAGUUUUCAUUUAUAUUUAACUUAGCAGCGGUGUUGCCCAGUCGUAUUUGACUGGCGAAUGAAAACCUAUGUUUUGUAUAUUUUUGUUUGCAAUAACGGACUGUGGCGAUUGGCGCAAUUUUUGUUAUGCUUAUUGUUAAAAUGGAUGCGGUUCAAUACGUCUAUUUGGAAGUUUUGAGGGUGACGUAAUCUUUCCUGGAUCUGAAUAUUUGUUGGCGGAAGUAUUUUUCAAUUGUGUUAAUUUUGUAAUUUUGAACUUAUAGGCGUAGCUUAUUCAACGCCUCCUUUGUCCGACUGACGAGGCUCUUGAUUAGGUAGAAGUGACGGUCACGAGCUUGCGGAGAGUCCGUGCUAUGUACUUAUUAUGUUACUUUUUUAUUGAGCGAACAACUUAGAAGAUAUUUGAGUGACAAGUUCUGUUGUUAUUAUUAUUAUUGAUAGGUAAUUGAGUAUUAUCGGUCCAUUGAAUGUGUUCUCGCUGGUUAACUGAUGUUGCCCGCUCUCUAGGCUUACUGAGCUCGUGGGCAACCGCGUGUUCCUUCCUACUUUACUAUAGGCUUAUUUUUCUAUUCUAUUCACAAAUGCAUGUUUUAAUGGUUGUGCCUUCCUUCUUCAUCUUUCCUCUUUCUCAAGCUUUGUUAUUAUCCGAUAUUUAUGAGUCCUGAUUGGCGUUUGUUUCGUGCAGCUCAACUCAAGCUCUUUAAAUAAAAUCAUUUCUUGAAAAUGGAUUUGAAAACAUUAUUUAUUUUAGUAUGAUCAUGCGUUCAUCGCUAUUAUAGAUUCCUAAUAAGCUUAUUUUGAGUCCCCUUGUGAGGCUUGCCGGGCGACGUCGAAGCAGUUGUAGGCAGACUUAGAUCCUUUCCACGUUUACAAAUAGGCGGUAAAAGCUCUAGAAUUUGACCUGCAAUAACCGUGAGUCGUUGCGCCCUCUAGUACUAGCGUGAAUACAAGAUAGUGGCUAGCUGUUGCCUUAACAAGACUCAUUGGGCCGUAUUUUCAAUAGUAAUUAAGAUCUUGAGCUAUAUGAUCGUACGAACAUGUGCUUGUACAACAAGAUAAUGAUCCACUUAUGGAUGUAUGAUCUCGCAUUAGGCUCUCUGUACGAGGCCUUAGCACCUGAGAUGUGCAUUGCUGUCCUGUUCAAUUACCAGUCGUCCUGUCGCCAAGGUAUUGAUUGCUUCUGCCAAAUAUCGAGUUUUGUGUUCCCGCGAGCGGAACUACGUAUCCUCUCUUUCAGUUUUCAUUGUAUAAAAUAAUGUAUAUGUAUUUCUAUUUGAACUGUUUUAAGCCAUUAUUCACUAUAAAUACAUGAAUAUUCCGUA